AUGUCCGAUCGUUCAUCAAAACCAUCAUCUAUUCCCUCGUGGCAGCAACAGCCAGGUUCCGCUCCAACCGAUCAGUCUGCGUCGUCACGACCGCCGAGCUCCGAAGAUACGCCUGCAUCUACCUCACGACAAGACCUCCUUGACCAAGCGUCUAAGUUCCUAGAGGAUGAAUCGAUUCGCGAUGCUUCCACAGAUCGUAAAGUCUCCUUCCUCGAGUCGAAAGGUUUGACCUCCGACGAGAUCCAACAACUCCUCGGCGUCUCCCGAAACCCGGAGGCGAGCAGUGCCGACUCGACCGCGGCCGAACCCAAGACACAAGAAACACCUUCAUCCUCCUCCUCGUCAGAUCAAUCUGAAGUGUCACCAUCUUCUCCUGUUACUACAUCUACUUCAUCCUCUUCUACCACCAUGUCGCAGCCACGCUCGACCCCCGCCACCUCCACAACAUCCUCCACCGCAGCACGCGACGUGCCCCCAAUUAUCACCUACCCCGAGUUCCUCUUCCAACCGGCUAAGCCACCUCCACUAGUGACCAUGAGUCGGGUUUUAUACACAAUCUACGGCGCCGCUGGUCUCGGUGCCAGCAUCUAUGGUGCUAGCGAAUACCUCGUCAAGCCAAUGCUGGCAAAUCUCACUAGCGCACGCCUCGAUCUCGCUAGCACCGCGAAGGAGAAUCUGCAAAAACUCAACGAGAAGCUCGAACAGAAUGUAUCCGUCAUUCCCGCACAUCUCACCGCGCCCAAGAACAAAGGGACCGAGGAGGGAGACGAAGACUCGAGUGACAGCGAUUCCAUCAUUUCAGACCCGACAGAGCUCUUCCACCGAGACAUCGGUACCCAAACCACUCCCGAUGUAUCGACAACCUCGCUGUCUUCAUCUGCGAAGGACCCGGCAGAGACGGCUGCAGAUGCGCCCACUAUCGCAGUUAACAAACACUUAACCCGCCUGGAGUCCAUUCAAUCCUCGCUGAAAGAAGUCACCGAGUUUGAGAAGGAUUCUAGCACCCUCGAUGACUCGAUGCGUUCACGUCUCACGGACCUCCACCAUUACUUGGACGGAUUGAUAUACGCUGCGCCGAGCUACAACGCGACUACCCCGGCAUACGGUGGUCUGUACUCUACAACUACCACUACCGGGUCAGACAGCAGUUCAUCAGGAGUGCGCAAGUCCGAGGAGGACGCAAUUGCAGCCUUCAAGGCGGAGAUUCGGGGUGUCAAAGGUGCGCUGCUGAGCGCCAGAAAUUUCCCGGCGAGCCGGGGCGGUCGACUGCCCGGUGGUGUGACUGCGUCGGCAAGGUGA